CGCGAGAGGUGUGAGCUGCACUGGCAACUGAAGAGCUCCGUAGUCCGUACGAUCCCUGUGCCCUCACUCCUCUACCAUUGGAGCUCUAGCUUAUUAUAUACACGCAGUGAGUCACACAGAGACACGAAUAUUUAUAGAUACAGAGAAAAGAAGAGGAGAAGAGCAAGGUGAAUAGUAAAACUUCAAACUCUUAAUUAACAAUGGCGGAAGGAAGGGAAGGUGAUUGGGAAUGCAGUGGAUGCAGGAACAGAAACUACGCCUUCAGAUCCUUCUGCAAUCGCUGCAAGCAGCCUCGCCUUCUCGUCGACACCAAAACCCCCGCCGACUCCAAAUGGCUCCCUCGUAUUGGCGAUUGGAUCUGUACCGGUUGCACUAACAACAAUUAUGCAUCAAGAGAGAAGUGCAAGAAGUGCGGGCAACCAAAGGAGGUGGCGGCAAUGCCAGCGAUUGCAAUGCCUGGAGCUUCUCUCCCAACUUAUUCACAUUAUUUUGCCAGGGCCCAAGGAGGACUGGACCAAAAGAUGAAUAUCGGAAUAAUGGGCAAUGGUGCUCCCCAACAAUCGCUUCCUCUGAACUGGUCUAUGGCAGGGGCUGAUAAAUACGGAGUUCAGCCACCUUCUUGUUGGUCUGUAGGUGGGAACCAUAAUUCUGGACUUCUAUAUUCAAACCCUACUAAUCAGCUUCUUUCAGUUCCAAAAGGAUGGCGCAGCGGUGACUGGUUAUGCAAUUGCGGUUUCCACAAUUAUUCGUCUCGAACACAGGUAUGAUGACACUACAUGAGCAUUCAAAUAAAAAAUUGUUCAUUACCUGACUGUUGAUAUCUGAGAUUAGCACCGGAAGAGCUUGUUCAUGACUGGGAUAACAAGAGAUUGAACGUAGGAAGUACAGUUGGGCAUCAGCAAUCCUAUCCUGGGUUUGAGCAAGUGGUAGGCACCAGUGCUAACCCUGUAACUGGACCUUAUGCUUCAUAUCCUCCCAGUGUAAGCUCAGGCAUGGCUCCGAAUUUGCAAGUCCCCAUGCCAUUGACACAGCAAACAACGACACCUACACUCCUUGGCAAAGGAGCAAAGCAAUGGCGUAAUGGGGAUUGGAUGUGCACAAAUUGCAACAAUCAUAAUUAUGCGUCUCGGUUAAAUUGCAAUAGGUGCAAGACUCAAAGAGAUGCAACCGCUCAGCCGGUCAAUGUCAUGUAGUAUUUCAAAAUUAUGAAGUUGUUUCAACCUUCCUUUCAUUUUGAACUAUGUUGAGGUGAAGAUGAACGUUUUCUAUAACCUUUGGUUAUCUCCAUGGUGAUACAUUAUUAAGAUAGUAGAUUGAUAUUUCAAUCUUAGUCUCUGCUCGCCAAGAAUGUAAUUUUAUAGCUCCAUAGUUUCAUCUCAUAUAGAAAGGAUGGGUGCGUGUAUACUGUAUUGAUCGAGUAAUAUUACAUGCUCAAAACUAGUUUUUUUCCUUCAAA